AUGGCGCAACUUGCCGGUCUCUGCAUUGUAAUUUCUCUCCUUUCCAUCCCUUCGUCGUCACAGCCGCUGAAUUGUACAAAGGAUGACUAUGUUCCACAAGUUUUGCCUUGCGAUCCUCGAACUUCGACUCGAUCCGUGGUUUAUUACCUGAACUCCUCUACAUGGUAAGCGUUUUACAUUUAGCAGUUGUUUCACUAAAUCUUGACAUGAUUUAAGUAUUACACGCUCAAUUGAUAUUGAUUUACAUGCGUUGAGAAGGUUGGUGGUUGGAGAUCGUGCAGCCUUAAAAAAUCUGGUCGAUGCAGUUUUAACCAUGGCGCUUCUCCGGCCCAACUCUCAAAUGAAGUCGCAAACAUGCCUAAAUUGCUAAGAUGUGCAAUGUACAACUUUUCAAACAAGACCUUCUGUGAUGUGAGCCAAUCAACAAGUCCAGCUUUCAUUUUAAGGCAGUCAGUGCUAGUGUUACUUUUGCUGUUUAUAAAUUUUUGCUGAUGAUGGCUAAAUAUUAAUGUGAGUUAAUGCACUCAAUAUGACUCAUCAACUUUCCCGAGAUCUCCCCCAGACUUUUCUGCACAUUCCCUCCUCAAAACCUACUAGUUUCGAGCAAAAUGAGAGGCCGAAGGCACCUCGCCUUGAGAGGUUUAUAAUGUUGUCACUUUCGAAGCGUGUGUACCGUGCGUGGUGUUAGCGACCUGCAAAGUUGGCCGGCCCAUCUAUACUUGUAUUUUUGUAUAUAUCGUGAUGGUGUCUGCCCUGACGUCAUCUAGUGUGUGACGUCACAGUGCAUUUGGUGUUUCCAGGCAACACUAAAGAGUGUCUUGCUUUGGUCGUAUUUGUAUUGAUUUGGUUUUAGCAGCUGUUUUAGGAGUCCGUAAGUGCUUUUUGCAGUGAAUUUCAAACGCAAAAGUACUUUUAAGGGUAAAUGGAAGAGAUUUUGGAUAAUUAGCCUUAAGAUAUGAGUGAAAAAUAAAUCAAUGCAACAAAACAUGUUUUGCUUGCAGACGAGUGUAUCAGCUGAGUUGUUCAAUCUGUUCUUUAAAAGCGCCAUGAAAUGUGUUUACGUUGGGUUUUCACUGUCAAAACAGCAGUCAUUCUUCUAAAAAUAUCUUUGAAUUCAGGUUUAAUAGGGCUCGAUCAACUUUAUGCAGGUCUCACUGGCAGAAGUUCUAGGGGAAGGUUUAAGAAAUGAAAUGUUUUCCAAGUCACCUCAGUGUUCCACGUGGCCUAGUAAUAAUGAUACACCUGGCGUGCAGAAGGUCCUGAGUUCAAAUCAGGCAGAACCUGUUUUUCUUUUCUCUUCUCUUCUCUUCUCUUUUUCUUUUUCUUUUCCUUUAGUUUUCUUUUUAGUAAUUAUUGCAGUUUUCUUUUGUUUCUUAUAUACUGUAUUUAUUUGGCUAUAAGCCAAGCGAUUUUUACACAAAUUGAAGCUGAAGUUCAGUGAAAUGUGAGCCCAAAAGGGGGGGCUCAGCUUUAUGGCGAAUAGUUUUCUACAAAAAAUGUUUUUCAGUGCAUUGAAACUCUACAAAAUUGGGGAUGUAUUCACUUAUAAGCCAAGCAUAUAGCACUGGCUAAAGAUCGAAUCAAUCGCGAUACUACAAAUCUGAAUGUUAAGUUAGCUAAUUAGAGAGCACAGAAAUCCAGUUCCAAAUUGUCAAAAUAUCUGACAAAAACAGGUCUCUCAGCUAAAAUCUCACAUUGGUAAGCCUUUUACAAUGAGGGAAGGUGUAAAACAAAUGAAAGAUGUCAAGGAAUGUGUAAACAAAAAUUAUCCACCUGCAUGUUGUUUGGUCAAACAUGUGCUUCGAAACAUAUGCCUGGUUACUAAGCACAGACAAAAGCAACACAAACUGAUGUAGUUUGUUUUGAUUGAAAGGUAUGUGAUCAUUUCAAUCAUUAUGCGAUGAAGACAUGACGAAAGAUUGAUAGCAGCAAAAACCCAAACAACAAAUAUAAAUAUUGUAUGUUUCCCUAGAGUGUCAAAAGAGAAGGUACUUUUUUUUCAAAAUUGUUAAGUUUCAAGUACAGUAGUUAAAAGUAUGGUCUCGGCUUAUAGCUGGGUGUUUUGUAUUUAUCUUUCGUUCUUGGUGAUGCUGAUUCUACAAGUUUAAAGUUUAGGGUCUCGACUUAUCGCCAAGAUCGGCUUAUGGCCGAAUAAAUACGGUAGCUAAAGUUUUUUUAAAUUUAUAAAUUUUCUUCCCCAUUGCUUUAUUUCCCUUUCAACUUCUUGUCGUUCCCCUGAAGUCCUUCGUGAGGUCCUUUGAUUCACAUAUUUCUAGAAGAGUGGUUUCCAGAAUCUUGCAUUUGGCAAGUAUAUUUUGUACAAUGAUACCGUGGAAUACCCUGCUAGCAGAGCUGCCCCUCUUACCCACUUGCUUGGCAGUGAUAUAAAUUAAUAAGCUAGUACUAGUUACAGUUGAACCUCUCGGUACGAACACCUCUCUAAUAUGGACACCUCUCUAUUACAGACAGUUUCCUAUGUACCGACAAAAUUCUCAUACAUUUCCUCUAAAAAAAACUUCUAUAAUACGGACCCUCUCUAAUACGGACAAUGGACACAAAAUCUCGGCCCUUGGGAGCAAAUUCAAAUUCUUUAUUAUGGACACUCUGGGACAAGGUGUCAACAAUUUGCGGUAUAUGUACCAUUUCCUGUCGGCAGUUACACAAACAUUGACACUUUAUCAGUCAGCGAUACCAAUACCAGAACAAUGUCUUAGGCAAAGUAUUUUGUUUUGUUUCAAAAUUCGUAUGUACUGACAAUGUAGCUUCUGAGAAGUACAAUAACAUUAAUUAACAAGACACUGAGUUUUGGGCUUGAUUUUACUUACUGAACACUCUAAGUGAUGUAAUCAUAGUGACCUCUCUUAUAUUGACACCUCUCUCAUACGGACACUUCGAUCUGUCCCUUCAGUGUCCGCAUUAGAGAUGUUCGACUGUAUCCCUUAGUGACUGAAUGUAAGCAAAAUGCAGUGCAUUUCAGUAAAUUUUUCUCUAACACUAGGGAUUGCUUAAUUGACUUUAUCAGAAUAGAUUGGGUUCAGCAUAAAAACUGACAUUAUUUCCUUAUGCUCAUAUUUUUGAUUCAAGCAAAAAGCUGGUGGGAUUGCUAAAGUUGCAUGGUCACUAAUGGAAUUAGUUUAAUUAGCUGAACAAACUCUUUGAUAAUUUGCAGUACUGGUGGCGCGUUUCCUCCUAAACCUCAACAUAACAUACCCUGUGUAUGCCCUCCUGGUAAAGGCCUGAAUGGAAGCAGCCCCACCAGUCACACAUGCACUCCAUGUGCAAUUGGAGAGUAUGGAUCAGGGGGGGAAAUCAUCAAUAAUUGGAGGGAUUGGACUGGAAAUGGCAUGGUACCUCCUGAGGGAUCAGGUCUUAUUACGUAUUGUGAUAUUUCAAGCAAUUAUAUCAAACAUUGUGAUUCAUGGAAAGCAAGUGGUAAGCAAGGAUAAUUAUUUUUUAAAACUUGAUGCAAAAUGUUAAGAAUAAGGGCGAUUGCUUCUUCACAGGGCUCUAAACACUGACAAAAAGAUGAAACCACGAGGCCCUAGCUAGGCUUAGUGCUUUCAUCCGUUUCGAAGUUUUUGGAACCCGUGAUAAAACUCAAAGCCCAAAUUUUUGACAUGUCCUCUUAAAUGAAACAAUAAAAAAUUAUGCAGUGACAUGUUUUUUUGCUGGUAUUGCAUUGUUUCCAUGAGUUAUGUUAAUCAAUAGAACAUCUCAUUAAAAUGCAAGUGUUUGAUCUCGAUCAGGUGAAAAACAUGUUUCAUCUCAGAUGAAAACCUGGUGAUAUUUUAUCUGGUGUUUCAUCAGGUAUCAAGGUUCAUCCAUCGUACCCAAAUGGUCGUCAUUUAUUGGCUUUUGAGUGCCUGAAUUAUUAAUGAGUUUGACAACUUACAUGUAGUUUUCGGUCUGAUCUGUUUUCCCUUCAAGAUUUCUGUUUUGUGGCUAUGGCCUUCCCAAUCUCAGUUUAAUAAUAAACAAUAAUAUUAUUAAAUAAUAAUAUUAUUAUUUAUAUUUUCAAUUCAGACUUUUCAUUGGCCCUGGCACCAACAUGUAUAUUCUCCUCACUGCUCUGCAAAUGUUUCUUAUUAAGUAGUGAGUACGUGUCUAUUGAGAGAAUUUGUUUAAUCAUCAAGACAUCAUCAGUGAUUACUUUUGACAUUCAUUCUUUAUUGACCUGUAUGUUUGAUCUGGUUGUACAGUGGCGGAUCCAGGGAAGGGGCCCGGGUGGCCUGCCCCCGCUUAUUUUUUGACAAAAUUUUUGGGGGGAGACCUCCCCCCCCCACCCCUCCCUUAUCUCAAGGUCUGCAUCCAGCUCUGUUGUAAUAUUGUUCAAGGAGAAAGUCUUCUGUAGCUUAGUGAUUGAAAAGCUGAAUAAAAACAAGUGACGUAGUGUGUAGCAGUUAAACAAAAUACAGUCCAAUCUCGCUUUACGGAAACUUCAUUAACACCUAUGUGUUGUAAUAAACCUUUUCUUCUUGAAGGUAAAUAAUCUCUCAGUUGGCAACAUGUUGAUGUUCCCAGCACUACAGUACACCAGAUAGGAUGAUUUGUAGAUGUCAAUUUUUAGACUACUUUUGGCAUCCAAUGAGUCAGUUUAAGAGAAUACUUUUAAUAUUUAUUAAUAUACACGUAGAGAUGAGCAAUUUUUGAGUGCCCAAGUCAAGUUAAGUCAAGUCAAGUCAAUUUUUAUUUAAACUCACACAGAAUAAUUAUAAUUAAUACAAAUUAGUGCUUUAAAAUAUAAAAUCGAGAGAUUGUGAAGGGAAAGAAAAUUUCAAUUGUAGGUUCACUGUGCAGAGUUUGGGACACCUAAAUAGUUCGUGGAACUAACCGAGUAGGUGACCCAAACAAGAAUAUGAGUAGAAGGAGUAUAGAUACAAAAUAGUUAUUUUAGAUAAAAAAGUAUUACUUCAUUAAUCAAAUAGUAGUUAAGAUAAUAUAAUCGUAAAACAUUAGGAUUCAAUAAUAUUAUAAACAUCAAUCACAGAAUUCUUGAUAUGCUCACAAAAACUGGAAAACGGCUUGAUUUUCUUAACAUCAAUAGAUAAAGAAUACCAAAGUUUUGGACCAGUGUAACUGAGAGAACGAAUGCCGUAUUGAGUGGUAUGAACAGAUUUAACAAAGAGAUUAUCAAUCUGUUAUUGACGUGUAUUAUAUGAAUGAAUAAUUCAUUCAAGAAACUGGGUUAAAAUAAUUAACAAAACAAUGGAUCCUAAAUCCUAUGGAUUUAGUCCUCAGAAUUACGGCUUUUUGAAGGAUCGGAUAGAGAUGUUUACUUUAAUGUAGCUAAGUUAUGUCCUCUUUUAUGUCUUAAACAUUUUGUGCUAAUAAAAGUUUUUGUCUCACUUAAACAACAUAAUCUGCUUAACCCUUUAAGUUCCAAUAGUGACCAACAUCAAUUUUCUCCUAACAAUAUCCAUAGAUUGUCAAGUGCAACAUCUUUGAGAAUUAAUCGAAUGAUCACAGGAGAAAAAUCUCUGAUCUUUUAUCAGUUUCUCCCAUUUAAUUCUGUAAGGAAAUGUAGAGAAAUCAGUUUGGAGAAUUUGUUUGUGGAUAUUGGGGCUUAAAGGGUUAAUACAGACACUUUCUAUGGACCCUUCUGGGUCCAUACUAAUGGGUUUUGACUGUGAAAAUCUCUCAGCGAAGUACUUUAUAAACACCAUAAAAUUACUAUGCCUUUAUUAUUUUUAUCUUUUAUAAUGCCUUUGUUUGUUUGUUUGUUUGUUUGUAAGCAAUUCCAUUUUUUUAUUGAUUUACAUAGCUGAUAACUACACACUUGAAUCUGGUGACAAUCGUGGGUCAAGGUGCCUGAUUUCUGUAUUACUGCUGACCAGGAAGUUUGUCCUGACUAACAACAAUGUUAGUUUUGACUAUCGCGUAGACAGCCGAGACUGCAGACCUGGAGUCUUUGGAUGCGAUGGUCUAGCUUUCUUUAUUGAUGGUCAGCAAGUACUACAAUACCAAGGAAACCAGUUGCACUGGGUUACAAAGACUUAUAAUUUAAAGAAGGUGAGUUUGAAUCAAACUUUGCCUGCUGAUAGCGUUAUGCUUCAUAAAACAGAGUUGUGACGGCUGGGCUCAAAAUAAUUGACAUUGGCCAUUCAUGUUGACCAGCCCAACAAAUUUUGGCCAGCUUGGUCAUUGUUUGUUUGUGACUGGUCAAAAUGUAUAGAAAAUACGUAUUUCAAAGUUGAAUAGUCAAGCAAUUAAAGUAAAAAAUAUCCCCUUGUAAGCUCACAAAUUUGAAAAUAGGAAAUCUACAUUGUAUAGGGCAACAUAUAACUCAGAGGAGUGUUAACAAAAAAAAGGAAUAAAUUGUAUUGAAUAUUAUUAGAUGAACAAGAAAACAUGCAAUCUUGUUAAUGCCACCCCUCAGUACCACAGGGUAUCCAAAAAACAAAACAUACCACCCUCAGUACCACAGGAUACCCAAGAACCACUGAAUGCCACCCUCUCACUACCACAGAAUGCUCAGGAUUAGCAUUUGCCCUUUUCAUUUUAACAUCAACAAUUAGCAUGACUUACUUUUGGUUUAUGUGUAGAUAUGAAAAUGUGCUUGUGAAGGAAAUCAAAAGAUACUUGUGAAGCAAAAUAGACCUGUCUUGAACAGCAAACAUCAUUUUGACAAAAAUCAUCUGUAAGUUUGAUAUUUGUGUAGAUAGCCAAGCUGUUCAAAUGCUAAAAUUCAUACUUGUAUUCUAGGGUCCCCAUACACUGAAGUGGGUUUUUCGGAAGAGGUGUUUUAGUUAUGGAUAUUCCUUCUUAGACAAGGCUUUCAUCCGUUCUAUAACCUUGGUAAGUCACACAAUUUAUAAUGGUAAUAGAACUAAGCGGAGUUAAAUUUUGGUCUGUUAAAAUCAUCAUCUCUAGGGGCAGGCACAUAUCCAAACCAACUUUCACCAUUUUAUAGAAAACUGUCAGAUAUAUUUGACAAGAGGAAAUGAAAUGCUUGAUAAGAGAAUUUUUUAGGAGAUUUAUUCCAGACUUGGUUGCGCUUGCAGUUUAGUAAUAUUUAAAUUAAAAAAAUAGUCAAAUCGGUCAUGGUUGAAAUUUAGAAUCCAUGGCAAUUUGAGACAGAAAUAGUGGCAACUUUUGGCUAUUAUAAGAGACUUUGGUCUUGGAUUAAUAUUAGCAAUCUGACUUCUGCUAAUUAACUACGUACAGUCAACUCCCUUUAUUGCGGACAGUGUAUGGAAGUUAGUGUCCUGUCCAUAUUAUCGGUAGGCAAGAGUUGACUGUAAUAAAUAUUGCUUUGCCAAAUUCCAUGCACCUCUCUUAAUUUUCACCCAAGUGUGUCAGCUAUCCAAGGUUCAAAAAUAAAAGUAAGGAUAUUACAUUACGUUUCUCCUUCGUUAAAAAGUAUUUGUUUAAUUUAUGUAUUUAAAAAGACUGUGUAUUCUUUAGGUUGGCUCAGAUGAACCAAAUGUGAAAUGCAAACCUUGUCCACCAGGUUACUUUAGUAAUCAAGAAGGUGCUUCAGAAUGCACUGCGUGUUCAUAUUUUCAGUUUCAGGCGAAAAAAGGUUGGUACAUUAUUUAUCACAUAAUAGACCUUUGUGCAGAGGCCCUGCCGGGGGGUCCCAUGUCGCCCAUCUGAAUUUUAAAACUUCUCGUGUCUGUGUUUAUAAAUGCUUGUUGCUUCUUGUCAGCUUUGCCGUCACUGUCGCAAUUUGGCCGAGGGAGGUUGUCUCUUGUCACGAUUUCAUUUUAUGCGCUGUUCCUACUUUUUGGGCCGAGUCGCUUGUCGGAAUUUACCCUGGCAGGGCCUCAUGUACAGAAAUCCCCCCUCUCAGCUAUUCUUUCAAUUCACAAACAUCAUGAGAGGUAGAUGAGACUGACUAAGACUGAUCUAUGAUUCCUUGGAGCUCUAGAGGUCAAUAUUAUUAUUUUUAUUUUACAAGCCAGCUAAUUCAUGACAGUUGAUAUACAUUUGUAACUAUGAGUAAUGCAUCAAAGCAAAUGAAAUUUGUCUUAUCUGGUAUAUCUGCUGCAUUCUGAGUUCCUAGACGGAACAUAAAUUCCCAGAAUUUGUGGCAACCUAUCAGAAUUGAAAAGGACUGAUUAUUAUAUUAAAAUACCCUUUCUUUUGUUGCAAUAAACUUGCAUAGCUGUUGGCCAUGUGAGGGAAAUGCUUCAUAGUUCCUUCAAUAUAGUAGGUAAUUGUCAAUCGACCACUUUCACAACUGUUGCUGGUUUUUGUGGCAAGUGUGCUCAAUUAUUUUGCCUUGUUAAGAUCUAUUUUUGUUUGUUUGAUUUUUUGAAGAAAGAGCUUGUAUCUGAUAAGAGCUCAUUAUUUGAAUAUGUGCAUGUUUUCAGGUCAGACUAAAUGCGACCCUUGUCCAGAAAAUACGUUUGCCAUGAUAGGGGCCUCAAAGUGUAUCCCGUUACCUAAAUGCACACAGGAUGACAUCAUUAGCGCCCCUGGAAACUUGACUACAUGUUCCUGUAACAAUACUGGUGUGUGUACAACCACAGUACAAGAAAAGUUUGUCACCGUUACCUUAAAAGGUGAGUCAACGUACUGUAAAUCCUAGAUCUAUUAAGCCCCCCCCCCAGGGCUUAUUUAUUGCAAGCCCAUUUGAUGGGGGUUGGGGGCUUUAUAGAGAUGGGGGGCUUAUUUAAUUUAGAAUUGAUGAUGAUAUCAGUUGUCCAUAAAGAACUAGAAUACAAAGUGGAUAAGCUUAAGAACGAGAAGUUUUAGUUCAUGCACCCGAGAAUGAGAAUUUACAGUCGUGAUUGAUUUAUACAGUCUAUAUUUUAUUAGUAAAAAAUAAUUAGGGGAGGGGAUGGGGGCUUAAUAGAGAGGGGGGGCUUAUUAAUUUUCUUCCCCUAAAAAGGGGGGCUUACUAGAGGGAGGGGAGUUAUUUGAGAAGGGGGGGCUUAAUAGAGGAUUUGGGGUAAUACACAAAUUUUGUGUUUUUUUUUAAUUGUUCAUACAGAUGGCAGCCUGAGAAAACCACCACUGGUUUCGUUGCAAAAUGAUGUCUGAGAAACGAGCGCACAAAUUCUACACUGAUGGUGCGUCACUACCCAGAUCUGGGUAAUGCUUUUGUUUGGUUGAAGCAAAUUUCCCUUGCGGCACAACCCAUUAGAAGCACUACAGAGAUCUUGAUAGUGAUGUGUCAUCAGUAUGUAAUUUCUGCGCUUGUUUCUUAUACAUCAAUUCAUGGUCAAACGGGUGAUGUCGUCGCAGAAUGUUGGCUGUUUUCUCAGGCUGGAUGUGGCAUGGGCAAUUUAUUAGAGCACUAGACUUGUAAUCUGGAGACCCCACUUUCAAGUUCUGUCCAGAUUGCUAGCUGACAUUGAUCUCAAUAGUUGCAAGUUCAAAUUCUUUUCUGCCCUACUUAAAUUAGCUAACUGGUUUUCUGAAACAAUGUAAGUAACAAUUCUUAGAGAAAUUAAAAAAUGCUUCAUGCUCAUGCUAAUAAAUCAUUUCCUCUAUAAUAGUUUAGAAUAGUUAAGCCAGACAGACUUCUCUGUUUUAUGUUUUUGUUAGCUUUUUCAGAUUUGACCAUGCACAACAUUCAAUAACAUUCCUAUCAUUUUGAACGCAGGCCUAGUUCAGAUGCGGUACUUUUCAUGUGCAGAGCCUAACUGAAUAAGUUUGACUUUGGAGUGACACUGGCGCGACAUCUGAUUCAGACGGCGUACCGCGUGUCAAACCUAAGUUAAGUGCGACAAAAGUUCGACAGACUUUGUCGAACUUAACGCUUUUGCUGCACCAAACUAAAACUGCCGUACCAAAUUGAUUCAGAUGCCACUCUUUUGUUGUACUUAAUUCAUCAGUUAGGUUCAGCACAUGAGUGGAGCGGCUUCUGACCCGGGCCUUACUGACCGACAGAAACAUCGCAUUAAUUUAUUCAGUCACAGUUUGUGAACAAGAAACAAAAAAAUUGUACACUGUCAGGGAGCUUCCAACAUAAACUGCAGCUUUUUUUUUCAUCUUUGAUGUUUGCUGGCUUUUAUAACCAGUCUCCUCUGCUAACUAUGUCUUCAUGUUUUAUUUUUAAAUGAUUGUUAGCGCAGCAGUAUUAGCUCAGUCGGUAGAGCGCUUGACUGCAGAGCGGGAGGUCACGAGUUUGAUUCCCGGGGUCGGACCAAUACUUAGGGUCUUGAAAUAACUGAGAAAGGUACUACCUUUGCCUUGCAAAUGGCUAGACCUUCGUGUGGCUCGGAUGACCACGUAAAAUGGCGGUCCUGUCUCCAGUAGGAGACGUUAAUAUAGUGUCCUCAAUUAGCACUUUCUUGCUAAGUACAUUGACACCUAAAUAAAGUGCUUUUUUUGUUUCUGGGGUUAAAGGGUGUGGGGGUGGGGGUGCCAAGUGGGACACUAGAAUACUGAGGGGAGGACCCUUAAAGCAAAAAAUGGGAACCCAACGAAUAACCAUGCUAUAUUGUGCUGACUGGAUUUUUUAACCUGGUCAUGGAGAAGCUUGAGUUUCUUAACCAUGGAGGAAAAAAUUUAUACUGAUUUCACGGAAACCACAACAUACUGCAUGCCAUUUCCAGAGUACAGGGAAGGGAUAAGUAAUCCUUAAUAAUACCUAAUUAAUGUCAUAAGCAGUCUGCCAUUUUUUCGUGUAUAAUUGACUGCCAGGAAGAGUGGUGGUGCCAUUACCACAUUUUUCACCUCCUAUGUGAAUUGGGUAAGGAUCCUUUAUCUGUUAUCCUGCAAGCAAGCUCUCCAGGGGGUUCUGGUAGUGCAAAAAGGAGGGCACCCCCCCUGCCAGAGCACCUCAGAGAGCUUGCUCGCAGGCUAUUUAUCCGUGUGUGCACACAGUGUAUCUUAGACCCUUUAGGUGAAGAAUGAACCUCGCAGUUGUGAGCACAAGUUAUGCAAUUGUGUAAGAGAAGCCUGAAAAAAAAAUUCAAGACUUCAAUGGGAUUUGAACCCGUGACUUCGUGAUACCGGUGCGGUGCUCUGACCAACUAAGCUAUGAAGCCACUGGUGUUGGGUGCUGGUCAAUUAUCUGUUUAUAUGUUCCUGUGAAAGAGAUGAAUGUGAUAAAUGUAUAUGAAAUAAAUAUAUGUGAACUGCGGAAAUGAAAUCAAGUGAAGAAUGAUCUUUAUUAACAAAACCUCUUGAAUUAUUUGAUAGAUGGAAAAGGACCAAGGAUUCUUUGCAACCGACAAAAAAAUUCUACGAUAACUCCUUCAUCGAAAACAGUGCAAUGUCAUUGUCAACCUGGAUUUGAGAUUUUUCAAGGCAAGGAUGGACAAAUUCAGUGCAAACCGUGUUCAAAGGGAAAUUUUUCUACUGGUGUGAAAUGUGCUACAUGCAAAGCUGGCCAUGUAGCCUUGCCAGGCAAGCACUAUUUUUUGUGGAGGAGUGGCACAUUACCAGAAGGCUUCUCUGCUUCUUGUUCCGGUGACUGCACUAUUGAGGUUUGUCAAAUAUUGAGAAGUUGUUUUAAAACUCUGACGGUUGUUUUCAAGAUGGCGAGAAACACAACUAGGUGCUCUCUUAACCCUUUAAGUCUCAAUUGUGACCAACAUCAAUUUUCUCCUAACAAUAUCCAUAUGUUGGCAAGAGAAAUAGUUAUGAGAGUUCAUAAAAUGAUCACUAAAGAGCAAAUGCUUUGAUCUGUUAUCAAACUCUCUCUUUUAAUUCUUGAAGGAAAUGUAUGGAGAUCAGUAUGGAGAAUUUAUAUGUGGAUAUUGGGGCUUAAAGGGUUAAUGUACUACAAGUAGUUCCUUAGGGAUAGUAGAGCGAGCAGAUGCACGAACGCGCGUGAAAAUCCCCACCCUCGAAGAAGGUCCUCCCUCGACGUGUCAUCCUCGCGACUGGCCAUUUCUCACGCGUUCUCCUAUUUUGCUCGAACUACUAUUCCUCAGAAGAAUGAGGAAGAACUUGACUGUUAUAGGUAACUGUUAUGUCUCCUGAGCGUUCUUACUAGGGACCUUACAAAGCUACGACGGCGAAGGCAUCGGAACCUCAGAAAAGCAAAACAACAACUUUGCCCGUGCAUCACGCUUUUUUGCCAAUUUCUUUACCGUGCCUGCACAACUAAGAUGUGAAAUGGUCAAAUUUUAAGUUUACUUGAGAACGGGAACGGCAAGGCGAUAAAUUCUACUAUCUCUGUCUGAACUCGUGCGCGGUCCCAUGUCUUCACUUCCAACAUAAAUUCCCUUCUUUUAAGUAAUAGGGCGACUUGGGAUAAUCGCGAAAUAGUUUUAAAGGAUACGAAGUCUAUUUUUCCGCGGCGUUUUCGUGGACGUCGCCGUUUUCGGGUCGUAAGGUCCCUACUGAAAGUUCUAAACAACAAAGAUAAGUUUUGAAAAACUGUUAAGUAGACUUGUUUUUAAAAGACCCAAGUGCACAGUUGAUCUGGUGACAGGCUCAUAAUGGCUAAAUUUGGCUGAAUUCCGCGACUCGGCCUCUUUAGGUAAUAGGAGACAGAACAGUCUGUCCGGUUUACAAUCUUAGUCGCCCAAAAUUUUAUCAUGCCCAGCAACAUCCUACCAACUGAAUCGCCCUUGUUUUGGUUCAUCAAAUCUUCAAGAACAAGAUGUAUUACUCAUUUGACGUGCUUGUUUCAUUUCAUCAAGGCUAAAAGAAUGAGAUAUGAUACAUAUUCAUCCCGCUUAUUUCGUCUCACCGUAGCAUCAUUGCUUGAAGAACGAGAUUUGAUUACACAAUUGGCCUGCUUGUUUUGUCUCAUUAUCUUACAGAACGAGAUAUAUUACGUACACUCCUUACAAAAAUUUCGCGCUACUUUACUAAAAAUGUCUAGCAAUUUAACUUCGGGCGAGAUGACUUUCGGGCGAUUUGACCGGUUACCGUCUGGGUUCCCCAUGUAAGGUUAUCCAUGGCAGUCUUGGAUGCUGGAUUCCAGAUCCCUUGUCAGUGGAAAAUUGGAUUCUGGAUUCCAUGUCAAUGGAACCUGGAUUCCGAAUUCCAAUCAUUAGCCGGAUUCUGGAUUCCUUAGCCCAGGAUUCCAGAUUUCACAAUCAAAUACUUUCCAGUUAAAUUCCGCAAUCUGGAUUACCUUACGUAGCUGUUCCUGAAAAAACAGAAUGAAUAAUCUGAAAUACAUUUGUUCUAGACUGGUUGGAUUCCAGCUGGGGAUCACAUUCGCACAGAACGUGUUGUGGGUAAUGUGCACUCUGAAUUGAGGUCUCCUGAAGUAGAGGUGGAUUCAGAUUUAGCAAAGCUCGUCUUCAACUGCUCAGUCAUGUGCAAUUUGACCGGAGUGCCAUCUAAACCCGUGAAAGGCGAGACUUUGGCUAAAAUAGAGAACUGCAAUCUCGUACUUCAAGUGUGGAAGAAUGGUUCUCUGAAGGAUCAAGUAAACUGUACUCGUCCUAAAGGGAAGUAUAUUUAUCAACAUGAGAAGCGACGAGAUGGUAAUUAUGUCAUGCAUGUUUAUCCACUGGAGAAGGGAAGAUAUCAGUUCAGGUAACAGUAGAGACCUUUUCAGAGGAGUUCGCGCUCAUAGUUGCAUCAUGGGUAAUCGGGCAAGAUGGCGGGAAAUUCAAAGAUUUGUAUUGGAAUUCAAAGCCUGCUAAUUCUUCCUGAAUUCACAUAUUUGAUGCUUUCUCUUUGGAAAGAGUAACUUACGAGUUCAAAGAAACAAUACACUAAAUCUGGAGUGCAAAGAAUACUAUCGACUUUUCAAAGAGAAAGCAACAAUUGUAUGAAUUCAGGAAGAAUUAGCUGGCUAUGAAUUCCAAUACAAAUCUUUGGAUUUCCCGCCAUCUUGCCCUGAUUACCCAUGAUGCAACUAUGAACGUGAACUCUUCUAUUCUAAGACGAGGACAUUUCGAGAACGAGAUUUUCUCAGUCCUAAGUAGUGCGCAGGCGUGAACCAGCGUCAUUUUGGCGGAAAGUCGUGAUGGCCAUCGUCACUCUACUACGGGUUUUGCCGUAGUGGCGGAAAUAUGUUAUCAAAUGUUGGAAGUUUGAUCAAUAUUUGCGAUCGGGAGAAUGCUAAUAACUUUUCUGGCGAAAAAAGUAUAAUUUUUGGAUUUUAAUACUACUGAAACCGAAAUGUUUAAGUUUAAUGGUCUUUCUUUUGGUUACAGAUGGACGUUCUACCAGCUAGACGAUACUUUCUCUUCAGCAUUUGAAGCGAAGGUAUCCAACAUAAGCAUCCUUGGUGCAAAGUCUGGCGCGGCUCGCAACUGUACAGCAUGCCCAACUGGAUAUCAUAGCACACCAGACAACACUGACUGUAAAAUUUGUCCAAAUGGAACUAGCAGUUCAGCAGGUUCUCAUAAAUGCACUCCAUGUCAAGGACAGACUUUUGCCGCACAGGUAUACAGCUUCACGUUUGCUACAAGAGUCAGUGAGGGUUCAGUCACACACACUUUGCCGUUUUGUGGUUAUUGCUUCUAAACAAUGAACACUUUGUUAUGAGUUGUGAGUAAGCCGGUCAGUGAUUCAGUUAAUCAGUUAAUCGAUCAGUCACUUUAUCAGCCAACAGUCAGUGAGUCAUACAUGAUUUUCAUAUAUUCAAAACUUCGUCAGUGAGUCAGUUAGUCAGUUUGUCAGGAAGGGAAACAGUCAGUUAGUCAUUUAAUUAGCCAACCAAGCAGUCAGUCAGUUAGACAGUCAGUCAGCCAGCCAGUCAGUCAUUCAGGUUAUCAGUCCCUCAGUCAGGCAGUCUGGUAUGAUGGUCAGGUAGUCAGUCAGUCAGCGAGCCAGCCAGCCAUUCAUUCAUUCCUGGCCAUAUGAAUGCUGGACAGUAAUCAAAUGGAAACGUGAACCCCCCUUAACGCAUCUGUCAUACACCAUGUAGUAACCUCAUUUUGAAAUUAUUCUCGGACAUCGAUUUACAUUGAGUUAUUCCUUGUGUCUUGAUGCCUGAGCUAAAGUGUUUUGUUUGUUUGUUUAGAAGGGUAGUGAAGAAUGCCUUCCUUGUGGAAGCAAUACAAAAGUUCUACCAAACAAAGAUGGCUGUGACACAAAUGGAUGUAAAUUCAGUCCCGCACCUGGUGUAGAUUAUGAUCUCUCUGCGCUUUCCCGUCCCGGCGGAUCAAUGAUUAAAGUAAAUUUACCAGGACUACACCCAUGGGGUCGAAGGUAAAUUCCUUUCCUUCCCCCUUCCUCUCACCCAGGGUAUUUAAGGGUUUUAUUUGUUACGACCAAGAGGGGGUCGGAAAAGUUGUGGAGGAAGGUGUCUCCAGUCAUUACUGCUGUUUGUGAUUGGCUCAAAGCCCUCAACUGAUUCUUGACAACCAACCGGCGUUGACCAACUUUUGGAAGAUGCAAGCAAUCGAUGGUAUAUUGGAGUGGAGAUGAGGUUGAUCAAUGGAUAUAUUUUCCUGGAAACGAGGCUGAAGGGGAAUAGACCAUCGAUCAAUCUCGUUUCAAGGUGCGGCCGCCUAGCCGUUUAUUCACGAGUGGACUAAGGAAAUUGCGUUCACGGCUAUCCAAAGACGAAAUAGCUAAAUUUCGAACCAGAGAUUCCGGAAAAAAAUGAACGAAAGAAAUGCAACUGUACGCAAAACAUAUUGUUCGAUGGAUGUUAUCUACUUUUUGAGGAGUAUCUGCCAAAAAAAAGUGUUUGUAUCUUGAAACCGUACCGAGGAAUAGGCCAAACCUUAGAAGGAAGUCUUCAAGGGUAUAAGCUAAGAUCCACCUCAGGGUAACAACCGGUUUCGCUACUUGUCGAAUUCUCUACGUCUUAGUUCGCAACAAAUUCGCUACAUAGUACUUUCUAUAAGCCACUGAAAAUGCUCCCUUAGUCGCUUUAGAAAAAAAAUCUUUUAAUGUAUUUCUUGCCCCCUCCAAGGGUGCAAGUUUCGGGCUUUGCCAAUAGGCAGCGAGACGAAUAUGUACGUGGGCCUCGGCACACCCAUAGGACGAGACUCAAGCGAACUCGAACGUAGCGAAGUUGUCAAGUAGCGAAACUGUUGUAAAGCCACCUCGGCCUUCCGCCUUGGUGGAUAACAGUCUCCUGGAUCUUCAUAAUAGACCCUCUCUCGGUUUAUUCAACUUUUGACAUGCACCAGUUAAGGAAAAACCGUCGAUACCACUGGAAAGAUUGCCUUGAAAUUAAUAAUAUUGCCAAUUUCAAAGUGAUGCGUCUAAAGCGAGCGAAGAUAUAACAGGGGCACCCAACGAGAAUAUAGUUUAAAACCACUUUAACAUAACAUUGUUAAACGUAUUUUAGUAUUUAAACGGUAGAUACAGGAAUAUUUUUAUCCCCUAAAAAAGUUUUCAUCUGUUCGGAUUUCCUAGCUGAAAGUCUAGUGAUCUGAAAAUUAUAGGGAUCAAAACUUACCUUUUCGAAAAUUUCAGCCAGAAACAAAAUGUUAGCAUAGGGGAGGGGUAGGUGGGCAGUUUCCCAGAAACGUAUAAUCAUCCAAAUUUUUGACAAUUUCGCGAAUUUCGGGAGCUAUUUCUUCAUUAGUUUUCAUCAACUCUUUUUCAAACUUGGCAAUUUUAGUAAUUUUAAGGAGCUCUUUUCAGAGGUGUCGACGGAUUUUCCUUAACUUGUCCACGUCAAAAGUUGAAAACUAUUGCUAAUUAUCAUUGUUUUCUUGUUAUUGCUUUCUUUCUUUAGGAGGUACAGCUCUCGCUUGAUAUUCCCUUACAGUUUAACAUAUUAUGUCAACCUUUGCACCGUUGAUCACGACAAUAGCUCGUGCACAUCUCGUGACAGGAUCAGCGGUAAAAGAGUUCCCCUUCCCGUGAUGGCUUGCAGGUCCUAUUGGUACAAUGACGUAAGCAUUGGGUCCGUGAUUGGCUACAAACGAAAACCGGAUAUCCGCUCUGGCUUGACUGUGGAGUUGCUUCACGGUGACAAAUGUCUCUCUGGAGGUGAGUGCAGCCAACGAGUUGUUAACAAAUUGUAAGAAACAGUAACAGAUUGAAAAUUGAUCACAAUAGAGGAGAGAAGUCGUUACGUCAUGUUGCUAUGAUAGCAAAGUUUCUGGAUCUCGACAAACGGAAAAUUUGAAUUCGCACAGUUUUAAACUUCAUUGCUCUUAGUCAAUUUUAUUCUAUUUGUCAAAUGUUGGCGAAAAUUUCUCGGGUUGAAUCCGAAAAGACUGAAUCUAAGUUUAGAAAUAGAAAAAGAAAAUUGUUGUCUCGUGUUCACGUACUCCAUCAAGCGGGGGCCGUGAAAUUAGAAUGUUCCAUGUCGCAGUCGUGCAACGACGGCUUAGAAAGGUACAGAAAAAAAAAACCGUGAUACGCGUGCAACUGCGGUAAACAUAUUCCUUUUUUUCCGUUCUCGUUGCCGUCGCCGUCGUCCUUGCUUAAGCUCCCUAUUGUUGUGAUCCAGAAAUUUUGCUACCAUGGUAACGUGACAUCCACCUCGCCUCUUUAUAACAAAAGUUAGCUACAAAUGCAUUCGUCCUCCCUUACAAUCCCAUAAUGCAGUUCGAAACAACACCGACUUUGUCUCAGGCUAUGUCCAAACGACACCCUCCGAAUUUUUGAUCGGUUGAAAAUUCGUGCGUUUAGUUGUUGCUUUCGCACGGAACCACCAUAACGGUAUGAAAAUGUAGACGCCAAGCCGUUCAACAGAGAGCUUUAGAUUGACAACGAGUACGAGUGCGAGAUUUAACUUAAAGUAUUUGCGCGUGUUCUAAAAAAAACACCCCGGAAAGUUUCAUUUUCCUUUUUCUCACCAAAAAAGUUAGUACGGUUAUUAUACUGAAGGAGGUUAAACCCUCUCCCGAUAGAAAAAUGAUAAAACUUCUUACAUUUGAUAACUUGUUCCCGCCACUACGACAAUGUCGGCUAAAUUCGUAAUAGAAUGACGACUACCACAUUUUCCCGCCAAAAUGACGCUGUUUCACGGGCGCGCACUACUCAGUAUCGAGAAAAUCUCGUACUCUUAGUUGUCCUCGUCUCAGAAUCUAAAGCUCUCUAAUGUUUCGUGUGAACAGAACGAAAAUCUUGAUCGGUGCCAUGUGAACCAAGUGUGCGGUCGAAACUUCGUCUGGUGCCCUGUGCACGUAGCUUCAGUCGUAAGCUGAAAAAUGGCCAUUACACUUGUAAAAGGCGCGGAAGGAGAGUGGACACUUUGACACAUGCUGUUGUCAAGGUUACCAGCGAGAAACCAGUAAUGACUACGGGGAUCUAACGUGCUCUCUCAAAGAAUAGGAAGCUUAAAGGGAACCUCCACUCUUACUACAGAAUAAGUUUAAAUCGAAUAAAAUUAUGUUGAUAAACAAAUUUGUUCGAAAUUUGUCUUAAAAAAAGUGUUUAUAUCAGGAAAAGUGAAUUUUAAAAUCGCUUAUUUUCACUUUCAAAUUUCGUGGGCGCCGCCAUCUUGAAUAAUUGUGACGUGUUACGGUUGCUCUAUUGUCCUGACACAAAGAGCUCUUGUUUAAUAAUAAUAUUAAUAGGGCAACCAUUACACGUCACAAUUAUUCAAGAUGGCGACGCCCGCAAAAUUUGAAAACAAAAAUAGGCGAAUCUAAAAGUUGUUUCUUUCGGAUACAAACGCUUUCUUUAAAAAUAUUUUCGAUUGACUUGACUGUAACAGUUAUUUCCUGUGAUUUAAAGUUAUCUUUUUGUUGAAGUGGAUGUUCCCUUUAACCCUUUAAGUCCCAAUAGUGACCAACAGCAAUUUUCUCCUGACGAUUUCCAUACAUUGUCAUGAGAUAAGGUUAUGAGAAUUAAUAAAAUGAUCACCUAACAGAAAAAUACUUUGAUCUUUUAUCAAAUUCUCUUAACUCAUUCUUAAAGGAAAUGUAUAGAGAUCAGUUUGGAGAAUUUGUAUGUGGAUAUUGGGGCUUAAAGGGUUAAGCAACGACGACGUCAACGAAAACGGCAAAAACAAUAUAUUUAAGUUAGUAAAAGAACAACUUUACAUGAGCAUCACGCUUUUUUGCCAUUUCACAUGUCUUUAUCGACAUUGCACAAUUCCAUUUUUCACGUUUUAUUGCACUUGGAAUUCAAGUUUUAAGUAACGUUUCCGCUGCCGUCGGUCGCCGUCGUAAUUGCUUAAGCUGCACUAUACCUUGAUUGAAGCUUGCCUACCCUAUCACCUCACCCGAACGGAACUGGAGGCGGACCUUAAGCGACGCGCGUGCCAAAAAAAUAUUUAUCAUAGGACUUGAGCUAUGAUGUCUUUUUUGAUUCUGUCUGAAGGAAACAAUGGCCGAUUCAAAACAACUAUUGACCUCAGAUGUGACGUUACAGCUGGAGUGGGUCAGCCCGGAAGAGAGAGCAACUUCUCUUUAGUUCAACAGGGCUGUGAAUUUCGAUUUGUUUGGAAGUCCUUGUACGCAUGCCCGAAAUGCCGAGAACAAGACAUUACGCGGAUUAAGGGAGAAUGCAUAAACGGAACCCGGAACGUCACGGUACUGCGUUCUAUCCCAUGCUGGGCACCUGAUGAAUCCCCCGGCGCUAAUGUCACGACAGAAGAGUGUGUCACGCCAACUAUAUUUGUCACGGUUACAGUCACGGCUACUGUUCUGGCUUUUAGAGAAAAGGUAUCAAGCAAAGUAAACAAGAUUUUGAUUGGCGUGGGAGUAGUGGUGAUUGUACUUUUAUUGGGUGUGGCUUUGUUCUUUGUCUACAAGCAUCGCACGAUCAAGUAUCGGUACUUGAAUUGGAUGUCACGUAAUAAACCCAUGAGUCGCCUUGAACAAGAAGAUGACGAAGAUCACUUUAUCGAGGGUGACGAACUCGCUUACCCCUCGAAUGAUAAAGAUGAGCCAUUCCGAACCUGA